AUGGGGGAUUUCAAUACCAUAAUGAGAGAAGAUGAAAAGAAGGGUGGACUAAAUCCUUUGCUGAUAUCAAUGUUGGAAUUUAAUAAUUGUCUCCAUAGCUGUGGUUUGAUCCAAGCACCAAAAAAUGGUCUAGAAUUUUCAUGGUGUAACAACAGAGCUGGUAAAAACAGAAUUGUGUGCAACCUUGAUAGAGUUGUCUUUAAUGAUAAAUGGUUAGAAAAAAUUUCAAGUUGGGGAUAUAAAGUUGGAAGUAGAAGGAUUUCAGAUCAUAGUACUUUAUACGGAGGAAAUGCUGACAUACCAAAGCCUAAGAAUACUCCAUUUAGAGCACUAAAAGUUUAUAAAACUCAUCCUGAGUUCUUGAACAUUAUUACAAAGUCUUGGGAACAAUAUUUGGAAGGCAAUCCUAUAUAUGUAUACAUAAGUAAAAUGAAAAGAUUAAAAAUAGAUUUGAAGGAAUGGAACUUGUCAGUAUUUGGAGAUGUUAACAAGAAGCUGAAGCAAAUAGAAGAUGAAGUAAUGGGAGCUACAACAGCUUCAGAUAAUAAUCCUUCAGACAACUUAUUGUUGAAUAAUCUUAUUACUGCAAGCGGUAAACAAGAAGUACUUCUUCAACAACAAAGAGAGAUUGUGCAUCAGAAGUCAAGAGUGAGUUGGUUAAAAGAUGGAGCAUCAAACUCAAAAUACUUCCAUAUUAAGAUGAGAUUAAGACAAGCUCAGAAUAUGAUAACUGAACUGAAAAAUGAUGCAGGAGUUGUUAUCACAGACCAAAAAGAUAUAGCAAAUGAGUUAGUCAAUCAUUAUGAAGAAAAGUUUAAAUAUCAAGAUGUUAACAUAGAUGAGAGUAUACUUACAAGUAUCCCCAAAGUUCUUACAAGUGAAGACAACAUCAUGAUAAAUGCCAUUCCUUCUGAUGAGGAAAUUAAAGCUGCAUUUUUUGAGUCGAAUCCAGAAAGUGCCCCUGGUCCUGAUGAAUUUGCAGGAUGGUUCUACAGGUUCUCAUGGGAGGUAAUUGGUGCUUAUUUAGUAAAGGCAAUACAAUUUUGCUGGAGUAAAAGUUUCAUUCCAAAUGGACUAAAUGCAAACAGCCUGAAAUUGCUUCCAAAAGUGAAGCAAAAUAGUUCAGACCAAUUGGUCUUAUGA